AUGAUGAUGUCACUGACUCUACUGCUGGCCACCCUGGGGCUCCUUGUUCAGGGUUCAUCAGGACAAAUCACUGUGACUCAGUCUCCUGGAUCUCAGUCUGUUGUUCCAGGACAGACUGUCUCCAUCAGAUGUAAAACCAGUUCAAGUGUUAGUAAUAUGCUCAACUGGUACCUUCAGAAAUCUGGAGAAGCUCCUAAACUCCUGAUUUAUGAAGCUACAAACCUUCAGCCUGGAGUUUCAGAUCGUUUUAGUGGAAGUGGAUUUGGGACUGACUUCACUCUGACCAUCAGUGGAGUUCAGGCUGAAGAUUCAGGAGUUUAUUACUGUCAGCAGGGUUACAGACCGUUCACACACUCCUCGCUGGAGGGGGGCAGCACCGUCAGGAUGACUUUGAUCUCCGUCCUCAUCUGGACUCUCCUCUGCUGCUGCUUCACAGAGUCCAGAGGCCAGGUCACAGUGACUCAGCCUGCAGCAGUGAGAUCUGCUCUGGGAGGAUCCACAACCAUCAGCUGUAAGACCAGUCAGGAUGUUUAUAGUUCAAACCGUUUAGCCUGGUACCAACAGAGAGAUGGAGAAACUCCUAAACUUCUCAUUUAUGAUGCUACCACUCGAGCAUCAGGAAUUCCAGAUCGUUUUUCAGGCAGUGGAUCAAACUCUGACUUCACUCUGACCAUCAGUGGAGUUCAGGCUGAAGAUGCAGCAGUUUAUUACUGUCAGAGUUAUCACUAUAUCAACAGUCAGAAUGUG